AUGGUUUCCACGUCCUACGUGAUCUAUUUUCUUGGCUUUACACUCGUGCUUCAGGAGUCUCUGACUGCAGUCUUCCUAAAUCAGGAGGAAGCCAAUGAUGUCUUGAAAAGAGAAAGAAGAGCUAACUCUUUCCUUGAAGAGUUGAGAUCAGGCUCUCUGGAGAGAGAAUGUAUUGAAGAAAAAUGUUCUUUUGAGGAAGCCAGGGAAAUCUUCAAGAACAAUGAAAGGACCAAACAUUUUUGGAUUCAAUACACUGAUGAAAACCAGUGUGCUUCAAAUCCCUGCCAGAAUGGAGGAACCUGUGUUGAGAACUUCCAGACCUACAUAUGCUUGUGCCUUAUGGAGUUUGAGGGCAGGAACUGUGAAAUAAGCAAAGCCAGCCAGCUCAUCUGUGAAUUUGACAAUGGGGGCUGUCACCAGUACUGCAGUGACAACUCUGAAACCAUCCGCAGCUGCUAUUGUGAGCGGGGCUAUGCUCUGGCUCCAGAUGGAGUAACCUGCAAUCCAGUAGUUGACUAUCCCUGUGGAAGAAUGCCAGUUUUGGAAAAGAGAAAUAGAAGUAUUCCUGAAGGCAGAAUUGUAGGUGGUUAUGCAUGUCCUAAAGGAGAAUGUCCAUGGCAGGCUCUGAUAUUGCUGAAAAAUGAAUUGCUGUGUGGUGGCACUCUGCUUACUGAUACAUGGGUUGUCUCUGCAGCUCACUGCUUUGAUAAAUUAUCUCGUUUUGGGGGAAGCCUAACAGUGGUUCUUGGUAAGCAUGAAAUAAACAAAGAAGAAGGAACAGAACAAGAGAGUCAAGUUGCUGAAAUCAUUAUUCACGAGCAAUAUAUUCGAUCAAAAACCAACCAUGAUAUUGCCCUGAUACGUCUACAAAAGCCCGUAAACUUCACAGACUACGUGGUCCCCCUCUGCUUGCCUGAGAGGAGAUUCUCUGAGAACCAACUGGCCCUUAUCAAGUUUUCCUCAGUGACUGGCUGGGGCCGGCUCCUGGACGGGGGGGCCACAUCUUUAGAGCUCAUGAGGAUCGAGGUACCCCGGGUAAAGACCCAGGACUGUCUCCAGGAAAUAAAGAAAACAUCCCAAACUCCUGAAAUUACAGAGAACAUGUUCUGUGCAGGCUUCCUGAAUGGAACAAAGGAUUCCUGCAAGGGGGACAGUGGAGGGCCCCAUGCCACCAAGUACAAGGGCACUUGGUUCCUAACGGGAAUUGUCAGCUGGGGGGAAGGCUGUGCAUCCGUGGGCCACUAUGGGAUUUACACAAGGGUCUCCAGAUAUAUUGACUGGCUGAAUAAACACAUAAAUCCCUAAGUCUUCCUUUUCAAUUAGUUGACACAAAUUCUCUCCUAGCCAUUAAUAAGCUAUCUUUAGUAUCUUUGGCAUUACCUUAUCUGGAAUAAAGUAUUUACUGUUUGAAAUCA